GUAGAGAUUUCAAAUGGUAGAGUUUAUUCAUAAAUGCAACUUGGUAGUGAUUUUUUUCUGGUAGGAUAUUUUAUAAGAGGUAAUUUUUUAGGUUGACAUGUUGCGACUUUUUUAAUUGUUUUAAAAUUUUCCCGCGAGACUGCGCUGCUGUGCAGCUGCCAUUUUCAGCACGGAAAUUCAAAUGGAUGCUUUUGUUUUAACAAAUACACUUGUCAUGAAUGCCUGGUCCCCCCAAACUUUAAAACCUAAUCAGACAGGGGGCGAGGCAUAAUGAUAACGAUUGAACAUAACUAAGAUAUACUCAUGUUAUAUAUGUAUAUAUGUAUACAGUUUAUAGAUAAUUUCUAUGGCAGAUUAAAUGAUGGUUUCUUGUGGUCAAUUGUAUAGUCAGUAGAUUAGUUUUGUAAAUGUACUUUACCCCAUAGCUUGUCUACAAUCAACUUAUUCGAAUUGUAAUGAUUCGCUUCUCCAUUGUUAGACUAAACAUUUUCAAAUGAAAACUUGUCAAUUGAUUUUCAUUUUUUCCUUCAUUCUUUUACUAUUUCAGGUCUACUUUAUGCUGCGUGAAUAUGAAAAUGAAGCUCCCGCAGAAAUACCAAUUGUUUUAUGGUGGACACCCUUUGGUUCCGAUGAACAGUUAAGAAAAUGUGGAGAUGUCAAAUGUUAUUUUACUAAAAAUCGAUCGGUUCUAACGAAUUCUCGACUCAAGGCUAUUUUAUUUUAUGGCAGUAAUAUUGAAUUCGAUGAUUUACCGUUUCCUCGACAAACUAACGUAACUUGGGGUUUACUUCAUGAAGAAUCCCCACGAAACAAUUUAAUUUUAGUACAAGAAGAAGCACUUCAAUUAUUUAAUUAUUCAGCUACAUUCAGUCGAUUCAGCGACUUACCAAUUAAUUUGGUUAAUUUACCGAGCAAACAAGAGUUAUUAGAAAGAAAAUAUUUUUUGUCAACACCGGAGAAAACGCAACUGAUGAAACAAAAGAAUUUGGCACCAGUAUUGUUCAUUCAAUCGAACUGCGAUACAAUGAAUGGCCGCGAUUCGUUUGUUUCCCAAUUGAUGAAGUAUAUUCCAGUAGAUUCUUAUGGAUCUUGUAUCAACAAUAAGCUUUUGCCGGAAGAAUUUCAAGAAAACUAUCUCGAUAAACUGAAUAGUCGUGAAUUUUUGAAAUUUGUUGGGCAGUAUAAGUUUACUUUGGCAAUUGAAAAUGCGGUUUGUGAAGAUUAUAUCACCGAAAAAUUGUGGAGACCUUUAAUGGUCGGUUCAGUACCCAUCUACUAUGGUUCCCCGUCGUUCAAGGACUGGCUUCCGAAUAAUCAUUCAGCUAUUGCUGUAAGCGAAUUCAAAAAUCCAAAAAUACUUGCAGAAUAUUUGCGAGAGCUUAUAAAUGAUGAUGUAAAAUACAAUGAUUACUUAAGGCAUAAACUAGUAAAAAAUGGCAUUACUAAUAGUUAUUUACUCAACGUCUUACAAAAAAAACCAAAGAAUCUCUUUAACAAUUUUGGAUAUUAUGUAAAAAAAUUUGAGUGCUUUGUUUGUAAAAAAUCACUGUCUUCCAUCACACAGAACACGGUAACAAAAAAACAUUAUAAUUGUUCCAAGCCAAGAAACGUUUAUACAAAUAAAAAAAACCAAUGGUCAGUUAUGUGGGAAAUUGAGUCUUGUGCUGCUAAACUUUUACAUCGUUUGUUCUCUCAGAACAAAACAAUCGACAUCAAUAAAUUUCAUAGAGAAAAAAUUAAAAUGUACAAAGAUAAAAAAUGUUUUUAAUUGAAAGCUUGCUAUUAAAAUGAAAGUCUUUUAUUUUUGUUAUUUGCAUUGUAAAUUUUCAGUAACUGAUCUUAAUGUGUAAAAAAAAUCAACAAAAUGUAAUUUUAUAAAUAUUAUAUUAUAAAUUUAUAAAA